AUGUCUAAUCUAUUAGAAGUUUUAGUAACGAGUGACGCUAAUAAUACAUUGUGGACGUGCUGUGUCUGGGAUCCUCACACCGGUACUAGCCUAAUGACCUAUAAAGGCGGUGGAACAGCUGGAAUACGGACACUUUCUUUCGUCGGUGAUGAUUACCUCGCAGCAGUCGAAAGAACUAAGCCAAUUCUCCACAUUUGGCCUCUUAAUUCACAUCAAACUGUACAAGGCAUGCGCUUUAUUUUACCGGGAAAAGCGAAUGCUUUCGCUUUUACCAAUGAUGGAUCAUUUUGUGUAGCAGGCAUUGAUGAGAAAAUCUAUUUAUGGCAGACUGCAAGUGGAAAUUUAUUAACAAUCAUAAAUCGGCAUUACCAGAAGGUUAACUUGUUAAGAUUUACCAGCGAUGGUCGGUAUUUUGUUUCUGCAGCUGAAGAUGGAAUGGUUAUGGUGUGGUCGUUAGCAGUAAUAUCGUCUCAUCCGGAAGUGGAACUAGUCACUCAAUCAGUUGCAGGCCAAUAUGACCCCGUGUAUAUCUUUUCAGAUCAUUCCCUACCUGUGACCGAUUUGUGUAUCAGUAAAACAGGUAUGAUGGGUCGGCUUUGCACAGUAUCUAGUGAUCGGACUUGUAAAAUUUAUGAUUUAACAACUGGACAUAUGUUAUUGAAUUUAGUUUUUGAUAUUCCAUUAUCAUCUAUAAUAAUGGAUGUACUGGAGUUGAAUAUAUUUGUAGGAACAACUGAAGGUGCUAUAUAUCAGUUUAGCCUUACAAAUCCAGUGAGGAACAAAGAUUUGUUGGUAUCUCCUGAAGAAAACAAUCUUAUAUUUUCGUCCCAUACAAAAGCUGUCACUUGUUUAUCAGUUUCUCUCGAUGGCGAAACAUUAAUGUCAGCCUCUAAUGAUGAGCUAGUCAUUCUAUGGCACAUAAAAAGUAGACAACCAAUAAGAACUAUAAGACAUAAAGGACCAAUAACAAAUGCCUUCUUCACUCUUAAUUUUGAGGCUAUAUACAAACAAGACUUUAAACCUCAUUUGGUUAUACACAGUUUAGAAAGAGCAUUAGAAAAAGAUAAGGAUGAAAUAUCUGAACUAGAGAUUUUAGUAGACAAAAAGAUUAGUUUCUGGCCUACACCACGGAAUAUAGACAUCGAGCAACAAAAACCAUCAAAGGAAUUGGAAUUGGAAUUCAAACAAAAAGAGACAACUCUCAGAGAAGAACUUGAAAAAUUGAAGAAAAUAAAUGCUAGUUUAUAUGCUUUUUCUGUUCAAAAAACUUUGGUUACUGUUCCUACAGUAAACAAAAAGAAAAAGAAAAUGAAAACAUUCAAAUCAUAA